CGUAAUAUUUCAUUGUAUUGUUUCACGAAACCAACUCUUUAAAACUGAUUACACGUCAAGAAUAAGAGUAGACAUACAAAAUAAAUUGAAUUCCUUGUUUCAAAAUGGUGAGCAGAGAAACGAGCAAUAUUGAAAUCGGUGUCGAUCUUGACAAAUGCGGCAUUUGUCUUGGAGAUUUCAAAAAGCCAAAAAUACUGCCCUGUUUCCACACAUUUUGUUUGGAUUGUUUGAGGUCGUACGUUGGGAAGACUGGAAGACGUGAAACAUUUACAUGUCCACUUUGUCUGGUUGAGACAGAAAUACCCCGUGGCGGCGUUGAGCAUUUCCAGACAAAUUUCUACAUCAAAGCAGAGCAAACAAAAUCCCUCUCUAAAUUGGAUGCAAAAUGUGAAGUAUGUGACACAGAUGGAAAGCGCCAGGUCGAAACCCGAUGUCUUGAGUGUGACCAGAAUCUUUGUGAAAAUUGCAGCAAGACCCAUCUUAAAAUGACUUCAUCAAAAGAGCAUCACUUGAUGGCAGUAAACUUUCCAGACAUCCAUCUUUCGCCUGAGGUCACAACCAAAGUCUUCUGCGACAAGCACAAGUCGGAAGAACUUACACUCUAUUGCAAACCGUGCGACGACCCAAUAUGUCUAAGGUGUAAAGUUACUUCCCACGAGAAUCACUCUACAAUGGAUCUUUCUGAUGUUGCCAAAGAAGCAAGAGAAUUGCUAGGAUCGAAGUUGUCAGAGGCAAAAGGCUUUUUUCCUCUUCUGCACGAGCAUCUCAGCGACGUCAAUCAAUACGAAGAACAGUUGACUCAAACAAAGCAAGACAUUUCAAAAUCCAUCUCUGAGAGGGCAUCAGACUUGAUUGCAAGAGUCGAUAAAAUAUCUAGUUCUAUGCUAAGCGACGUUGAAGUAGAAUUUCGUGUGGAGGUGUCUCGAAUAGACUUCCAAAGACGGGCAAUUGGGAAGGCUGGUAAAGUGCUCGCUUCUCAAGUUCAUGCCGCAAACCAAGUUGUCAAUUUUGGAUCAGAUGCAGAAAUCACAAGAAAUAAAGAAUCACUCUCUAAACGUCUUGAAAAAUUGACCAAAAAAUCCGAAGACAGUGACGUCCCAAAGCUAUCCCUUUCUUUCUCGCCGUCUAGGGACUCUGGUACAAAGAUAGAAGACUUAUUUGGAAGUUUAACGAUUAAAAGACCCUCUGUGGUGGAUAUCAAAGUGGCAGAAGUUUCUAUAUUUCAAGUCGAUGAUACGUUUAAGGUGGUGAGCUCUAUAUGCCCGCGGGAGGAAGGAGAAGCUUGGAUAACAUCAGGUUGGAAACCAGAAAUUCAUCUAUUUAAAGUCAAUGGUACAAAACUGAAAACCCAAAAUGCACAUCGUAAUAUCGACACCAUUGUCUUCAGCAACGAUGGAUCCAUGAUUGUUUCCAGUAGUGAUCAGCGCCAAAUUUUAAAGGGCAGGAACGGUCUAGACUUUUCCGAAAUAGCCUCACUUUCCGUGCACCCGCGAGGAAUAGCGAUGAACACAAACAACGAAAUCCUGGUCUGUGCCGGACAGUCGCUAGCCUUUCAGGAUUACAAAGAGGGACACAAGAACAAGGUUCUUCGCUAUUCAUUAGACGGGAAGCUUCUGCAAGAUUUCAACGAUCCAUCCAUUGAAUUUUUGUACCCUCUCCGCAUAGUUUGCAACAUGACCGGCGAUAUAAUCGUCUCCGAUUGCCAACAACGAAGAAUAACCAUUCAUCGCGAAGAUGGAAGCCUCAAAUUUUCUUACUCUGGGGAUGACUCGGCAAAUCUUCGUCGUCCGUUCGAACCUAGGGGUGUUGCCUGCGACUCCCGUGGGUAUAUUUACGUCACAGACAACGCGAACGAUGCUGUGCAUCUUCUUGACCAUACUGGGAAAUUCGUGAGAUUACUACUGACUACCGCUCACGAAAUAUACGGUCCUUACUCGAUUGCCAUGGAUUCCCAAAACAAUUUGUGGAUUGGAUGUAGAGACGCAACUGUCAAAGUCUUCCACUGCACAUACUUUUGACGUUAACUUGUAGAUUUUAAACUAUACUGUUGUGAAUCUUUUUUAAACAUAUUUUAUUAGAUGAAAGGAGACAUGUUUUUAAUUUUAUUUACAUAAUUAAAUACUUUACAUUUAAUUAAUGCUUGACAAAGUUUUCGACAUGAACCAUUUAAAUUUACCGGGUAUUUGAAAGUAAUGUAUGGGCUUUGGGUACUCUUUAUGAAAAAUAUUUUAAAAAGCAGAGCCAACUACCUUAACCGAUCUUUAGGUGAUACGUAAUACAUACAUUUGAGAACGGUUCUUUUUCUUCUUUAAGAGUUCAGGUGACAUUUAAUGGCUCGAACAUUGAUCUGUAAAAAUUUCUGAUCUCUCGGAAUGAAAUCAUGGCCCCCAUCAUCUUUGCUAACAAGGGU